GGGCUUCUUCUUACCAAAAGUUUCACCGUCUCCUUUCUUCCUCCCUCCCCCUCUUCUUUCCUGCAUUAAACCCUCUGGAAGUGGAAUCCCCAUUGUUUUUUUUUUUUCUCGUCUCUUCAACUGCCCUGGCCAUGAGAGAACAGAAAUAGAAACCCCUGCACCUUCCCCUUUACCGGUUCGAUCCACUGCCUCUGAACCGCGUGAACAGGUACGAGUCUCUAAUGAUCGAAAUAUAAUAAUUUCGUUUUCAUGUAGGAUGGCUAAUUAGCGUUGGAUUUAAGCACGCGUUAACCGAUCGAAUCAAGGAAGCUUGGAACGCAUAUAAAUAUCGGAAGAUUCAGUUCGUAUCGUAUCACUCUACUUUCUCUGAUUCAUGUUCUCUCUCUCUCUCUGUUUAUAUCCGAAUUGCAGAAAGUAAGUCGAUUCGGAUUGAAGAACGUGAAGCCAAAUGUUUGGUUCGAGUAACCCUUUUGGGCAGUCUUCCAGCAGCCCCUUUGGAUCCCAAUCAAUUUUUGGGCAGACCAGCAAUUCUAACACCAAUCCUUUUGCUCCCAAACCCUUUGGUAGUACCACACCAUUUGGUUCACAGACAGGGAGUUCCAUAUUUGGUGGCACAUCAACUGGUGUAUUUGGAGCAACUCAAUCUUCUUCACCUCUAAGUUCUACACCAACAUUUGGUGCUUCAUCGUCACCAGCUUUUGGAAAUUCAACGCCUACAUUUGGGUCUUCUAUAUUUGGGCAGAAGCCUGCAUUUGGAGGAUUUGGGUCAACUCCUACUCUAUCAAGUCCAUUUGGAAGUGCAUUUCAACAAACACAACCAGCUUUUGGCAGCAGUUUAUUUGGUUCCUCUUCACCUUUUGGUGCAUCAAGUCAACCUGCCUUUGGUGCUACAAGUACCCCUGCCUUCGGUGCUACAAGCAGCCCUGCCUUUGGUGCCACAACUACCCCAGCUUUUGGAAGCACAACAACACCAACAUUUGGCAGUACGGGCACAGCAUUUGGUGUAUCUAGUGCACCGGCAUUUGGUUCUGCUGGAGCAUUUGGGACUUCAAGCACCCCUGCAUUCGGUGCUUCCAGCACUCCUGCAUUUGGUGCUUCCAGCAGUCCCGCAUUUGGUGCUUCAAAUUCUCCUGUAUUUGGUGCUUCAAGUAAUCCUGCUUUUGGUGCUUCAAGUACUCCUGCUUUUGGUGCAUCAGGUACUCCUUCCGUUAGUUUUGGUUCAAGUCCAGCCUUUGGUCAAUCAACUUCUGCUUUUGGUAGCAGUCCAUUUGGGGCAACUACAUCCCCUUUCGGAGCUCAGAGUUCUCCUUUUGGAGCCCAGACAACUACACCAACAUUUGGAGGCACAGCAUUCGGGCAGUCAGCUUUUGGAGCUCAGCGUGGGGGAAGCAGAGUUACACCUUACACCCCAACAGGUGAGGUGGAUGGCGGCACUGGUACUCAGCCCGCUGGAAAGCUGGAGUCAAUAUCUGCUAUGCCCACCUACAAAGAUAAAAGCCACGAAGAAUUAAGGUGGGAGGAUUAUCAGUUGGGAGAUAAAGGUGGGCCAAAUCCUGCUGGUCAGCCUACAGGUGCAAUUGGUUUUGGUUCCCCUACUUCACAGCCAAGUCCAUUUGGUGCUUCACCUACGUUUGGACAGUCUUCUGCAAAUCCCUUUUCCACUUCAACAUCUUCUAACCCAUUUGCUCCAAAAACGAGUUUUGGUUCUUCAGGUUUUGGUACCUCAUCUACUACUGCAUUCAGCUCAUCACCCUUUGGCUCAUCAUCAACAACAAACCCAUUUGGAACAGCUUCAUUAUCUACAUCUAUAUUUGGUGCACCAUCAACCCCUGCAUUUGGAGCUACUUCAUCCCCAUCUCUGUUUGGUGCAUCAACAACAUCUGCAUUUGGGUCAUCACCCUCAAUUUUCGGGUCUUCUUCUGUUCCAGGAACGACUUCAACAUUUGGUUCUGGCUUGACUUUUGGCAAUACCCAGUCAUCUCCAUUAUUCCAGUCUACAACACCUUCAAUUGGGCAGACAAGUUCUGCUUUUGGACAGACUACCUCUACUUUUGGACAAAGUACAAUUUCUUCCUUUGGUCAGCCAAGCAUCUUCAGUACACCAUCAACUGGUUUUGGAGGGAGCUUGUUCUCAAGCACCCCAUCUAUGCCUUCUACAAGCACUCCAUUGGGUUUCAGUCAAACAACUCCUGCACAACCUGCCCAGACAACUGGGGCAUUUUCCUUCGGAAACUUUGGCCAGGCACAAACAGCAGCUUCAAGUGGCUUUGGUGGUGUGUCAAACAUUUUUGGUCAGAGUACCUUUGGACAAUCGUCCGCAACUCAGAGCACUGCUGUUGUUCAACCAGCACCUGUUGCCAAUCCUUUUGGAACUCUUCCUGCAAUGCCUCAGAUAUCUAUUGGUCACUCUGGGUCUGCGCCCUCAAUUCAAUAUGGAAUUUCUAGCAUGCCGGUUACUGACAAGCCUGCUCCAGUUAGAGUUUCCUCGUUAACUUCUCGACACUUGUCCCAAAGAAGGAUUCGGUUGCCAGCAAGGAAAUAUCAUCCAAAAAGUGAUGGUCCAAAGGUUCCAUUCUUUAGUGAUGAUGAAGAAGUGUCUGGCACACCAAAGGCAGAUGCUCUUUUUAUCCCAAGAGAAAAUCCAAGAGCACUAGUUAUUCGGUCGACAGACCAGUGGCCCUCAAGAACCAGUCUUGAGAAAUCGUCUUUACUCAAGGAAGCAAAUGGCCCUGUCCAUGAAAAUGGAAAAGCAUCUGCAGAGGUGUCUGCUCCUUUCACAAAUGGCUUUAUAUCACAGGAUAAAGAUAGGAAUCUUGCUGAAAAUGGAGCAGUCAAGGUCAAAAUAAAUCAGAAGCCAAAUGGAUUACAUGAUAAUUCCACGGAAAAGGGGGAAUCAUAUAUUACACUUGCUGGGCACAGAGCUGGUGAGGCUGCAAUUGUAUAUGAGCAUGGAGCUGACAUUGAGGCAUUGAUGCCGAAACUCCGGCAUUCUGAUUACUACACAGAACCCCGAAUCCAAGAGCUGGCAGCCAAGGAAAGGGCUGAGCCAGGGUUCUGCCGCCGGGUGAAAGAUUUUGUUGUUGGAAGGCAUGGCUAUGGCAGCAUCAAGUUCAUGGGUGCGACUGAUGUAAGACGGCUUGAGCUUGAGUCCCUUGUCCAGUUUAACAAUCGGGAGGUGAUUGUUUAUCUUGACGAAAGCAAGAAGCCUCCAGUUGGACAAGGCCUUAACAAACCUGCUGAAGUAACUCUUCUCAACAUAAAAUGCUUCGACAAGAAGACAGGAAAGCAGUAUACGGAAGGGCCAAGAGUAGGAAAGUACAAGGAGAUGCUAGUGAAGAAGGCCCAAGACCAAGGAGCAGAGUUUGUGUCCUAUGACCCUGUCAAAGGGGAAUGGAAGUUCAGGGUCAAUCACUUCAGCGAAUACAAGCUUGGAGAUGAGGAUGAUGACUUUGAUGUGCUUUCUGGGACGGAUUGUUAGACAGUAAAAGCAAAGUGGUGUUUUAAAGAUGUGGGUUAUGGGAAGAAGUUUUUGUAUAGCAGCAGCAGCCAGCCAAGGGAUGGAUUACCUAAACGUGUUCUGAAUGCUGUAUCUUGGCGUAUGUGGUGUUGUGAUCCUUUUUUCUGUUUUGUUUCUUAUUAUAAUUUACUUUUGCAGUUUGUAGCAAUUAGUGGGUAAUUUUUUUCCCAUGCUUUUGCUUCGUUUUCCUUUGUCUAAAUUAUUGCACAGCCCCUCUCCCCCUCGGAAAUCUAGUUGUGAUGUAGAUGGAGAAAAAUGUUGAAAUUGGUAACAAGCUUCUGGUAUUGUUUAUUUUUAACAUGGGGAGGGAACUGCUUGGGACACACAAAAUGGGAGAUUAAGUUAAAGAUGGUUAUGUAUCA